AUGCCUUCACACCGCCGCGCAAGAACCUACGCCGACCUCCUUCCCUUCGAAGUUAGCCAGCUAGCAUCAGUCCUCUGCCAUGGGCCACCCGUUGGCACUCCUCGAGAUAGUGCUGUGUGGACGACUUAUGUAUCCCACACAACUGAGCGUACAGCUCUGCUCGGGCCUAAGCUCAGAGCUACUGCUUCACUUCCGUCUUUUGUGCCCUGGUCCAUCAACCAUGGCUUAUGCACUAUACAUCGUCGUCUCAACGCAAAGCCAUUGGAAGACAUGUUCGCAGCUUUGAAAUACGAAGUGGAAUGCAGAGCUCGGAGAGUUUGGCAACCUGUAGCUCUGGCUGGCGGUCUUUCGGCGUCACAGACCGAGCAACUCGCAUUGAUGGACGAGGUACAGUCACUCUGGCUACCUCCCUCUGUAUUCAUGGAUAAGUUCGACCGCUUGCCUACUCCAAAGUAUGGAUAUCAAAGUGAUGGCUGUGUCGCUUGUAUCAUGGCAAGAAUGGGAGGCAAUAUGGAGAUUGCCAUGGCUUUGGGUGCACUGCUGUUAGGAUCGAUGCGCAGACCUGACAUGCUGAGUACCCGCGUUUGUUUUUGCCGCGAGUGGGUGCGCUACACCAUCGAAGGUGACGUUGAUUGUGUUGACGCUGCUCUUGCCGAGAUGGGGAAGAUGGGAACAAGAUUCCGACAAGCGAGAAGAUGGGCACGUCAGCGAAGCGAAGCUACCGGGGAGCAUCAAGAAAGAAGUCUCGGGCUCGGGGGCACGCCAUACGUCCAACCCACAAGAAUCUCGAGCCGGCAGAAGACUGCCACAGUGAAAGAGCAAAACCAUGCCGGAACAGAUGAAUCGCUGAGUCAUGCUCAAGGGCAUCAAGGGCAACAGGCAUGCCCUUUACAACAACAGGCGUCAUCAUCCGAGCGCCAUUCACUCAAUCGACCAUCACCUGAACCUCUGUUCCAUGUUCUUCCACCUGAACAGUACUCACCUGAACAAUAUUACUCUGCAAACAGUCAAGCCAGCACACCUCUACCAUCAUCACCAACAUCUCGCUACUCCGAGUACGCCACAAACCCAUUUCUGGACGGUAGUUGCUCGCCUUCGCCUGUCGAAGACAUCCGCGGGCCUCCAGACCUACCAUUCCGCCUAUUCGAACGCCGUCGUGUCAACGGCCACAGCAGCUCACCCAAGGACGCUGUACCGUGGCCAAAUAGCACCUCUAGAGCUACUCCUGUGUUCAAACGGCCCACUGCAGACAAGUUCAAGGACGAGCUUAGCCCGGUGCCUAUUCUGGCAAAACUUGAGAAUGAGAGAGGUGUUGGUGCUCUCUGGAAGAGGCGGGUAGAGCGUGCGAUGGUGGAGGGAGGGAGGAGUAUCAGAUCGCUAGGUGGGAACAGAGAUGUCGACUGA